CCGGGAAGGUUUUGCAAUCACCGCCCGUCCUGCGCCCACCAUGGAGGAGCYGCUGGAGCUGCUGGUCCGGAGCCCYGCACAGCGGCACCGCGACCUYCGCCUCAGCGCCGAGCCCGCCUGGACCGUGCGCCGCCUCAAGACCGAGCUSCGCCGGCUCCUGCCCGACGCGCCGCCUGAAGAGGACCAAAAGCUGAUUUAUUCUGGGAAGCUGCUGCUUGAUCACCACUGUCUGGGAGAAUUGUUGCCAAAGCACGGGGAGUUGCAUGCUCUUCAUUUGGUGUACAGCUUCAAGACUCCUGCAAAUAUGCAAGAAACAAAAUCUGAGGUUAAAGCUGACCAGCCCAAGUUACCAUCAGGAACCAGGCAGGAACCAUCUGUGUCUUCCCCAAAUGGUGGAAGAUCAAGGAGCUCUUCAGGUGGCCACUUGUCAGCAGAAGCCAGUAAUGGGCUGGAAACAGCUCCAUGUCCCUUCCAGACUGUGGCUCCUGGCUUCUCUGCUUACACAACCUACAGCAUGCUUCAGAUGUCCUGGUUCCAGCAGAUUUAUGCAAGACAGUAUUACAUGCAAUACUUGGCUUCUACUGCUGCGUCUGCUGACCCAUCCCAUGCACGACGUUCUCAGGAGAUACCAGUGGCACCGGUGACACCUCCAGCUCCUCUUGCAGACCCAUUUCCUGCCCAAAACCAGCCUGGAAACCAGAAUGUUGCUGCUCAGGUUAAYGCAGUGGCUGACCAGAACUUGAGGAUGAAUGCCCAAGGGGGUCCCCUCAUGGAGGARGAUGAAGAGGGUGGAAAUCGAGACUGGUUGGACUGGCUCUACUCAGCAACACUGUUAUAUGUUUUUGUCAACAUGGUCUAUUUCUACUCCAGUAUCAGCAGAUUCCUCCUCGUUAUGGGUGGCACUAUUCUGAUGUAUCUGCACCAUGCUGGAAGGUUCCCAUUUAGACGAAGACCAGUUGAGCCUUUCCCAGGCAAUGUUCCUCCUCAAGCUGCUCUAAAYCAGGACCAGAACAAUAACUUACAGGGGGAAAAUGCAGGCAGAGCAGAUGGGUCUGAGACCCCUCCCGACGAGGGACAAGCUUUCCAAGAGCUGCAGCAGGCCAACCCUUCAUUUGCGAGCACGGCGUGGGUUUUUUUCAAGACUUUCUUUGCAUCCCUCCUUCCAGAAGGGCCUGGUCUGACCCACAACUGAUGUGUCACCAAUCUUCUUGUCUGAAACUACAGUGGACACAUGAGAGAACCAGAUCCUACUGCAGAGCAGACAUGGAAAAGGAUGGCACUUCUUCUGGCUUUCACUGACCAAGCAAAUAAAGCUACAAGAAGCCUUACAUCGUUACAGCCUAGAGACUGAGAUGCUUUUCCUCAUUCCAAAGAACUUUGCUCCAUAGCAUUUUUAGGUAUCUAUGUAGAGGCUUGGCAUUGUGGACUUGUGCACUAAAUGCACAGGCUCUGAGCAGGUGUGCAAAAGUGUUAGGGAAGCAAAUUGCUUCUUCUGUGCAAUGUGAUUCCUGUUGGAAUGUUCCAAAUGCUAUUUUAAUUACACUGAGUGUAGGAUCUCAAAAAUUGCUAGAUACGCAUUAGCGGAUUUUUAAGAAAGAUCUAUCGUUCAAUUGCUUCAACAAUAUUUUAAAUUUUCUUUGUAAAUACUUUCCUAUGAAGAAUGUGUUGUGCAAUCUCCUUGUUGGACAAAGUGGAGGACUGCAAGACAGUGACCUGGAUAAGCAAUUACCUCGGUGAAGUUGCAGAUUACAUUUCAUGUUGCCAAAUUCAGAUAGUUUAAGUUCAAGACUUAAUUCCCCCUGCCCUGCUGCCAAAUCAUGGGGGAAGAGGGUGUUCAAGUCUAAAUGUAUUUAACAAAAACUUUAUGCARAAUGUGAACUUCUUCACUGCUUUURGAUGCAAAGUUAAAGCAGUGUAAUUCCUGUAUUCAACUUUGCAUUCUCACUCCAGUGCAACUCUCUUGUAUUACUUCAUUGUGUUCCCUYUAAUUUCUGAUAUGGUUAAGGGCUGUUAUUGCAAUAAAACUUGCAGGCAUUUAUAUCCA